AUGAAUAAGCGCAAGAGAGUUCAUGAUCACGAGCCGCGGCCACGAGCUAGCCCUGUCGACCAGGAGAAGGCACGAUUGAGGAGAUCGAUUGCAGAGAUUGGUGAGCCUUCUAGAAGCCAAGUCGAUGAAGUGCUUCGUGAGAUCACCGAUGCGAUCGUUUCGGCCCACGAAGAAGUUCGACCACCUGUUCUCGAGACAAUUUCAGCAGUCGUGUUUGAACAGCCCCACAAAAUCCCGCUCUUAUCUUUUCUGGUGGAUUUAGUCAAUCGCAAGCUACCCUCUUUCUCCCGUACCGUGGUGGAAAUGACACAUACUGUUAUCGCGGAUGCUCUCAAGUUUGGGCUGUAUCGUAAACUGGAUGUGUUUCUCCGCUUUGCUGCUAGCAUUUCCGUGAUCGAUGGCAACAAUGUUGAGGAACUCAUCGCUGAUCUUGCCGAGCGGGCUAAUGAUAUUCCUCACCUGGCUUUAGGGCACUCUCUGUACAGCGCAGCUGUGUUUGCUACACUUUAUCGUCUUAACACCGGUGCUCCCAUGAACGAGAGAAUUGAAAAGGCACUUUUGGCGUUUAGUCCUGUUGUAGAAUGUGAUGCGUCCGAGAUUGCUCCUUUCUAUGGUGAGAAUGCGCCUUAUACUGGUCAGUUCUCAAUUGUGCUGUUAGCUGAGGCGGUUAGGAACGCUCAGGCGGAGGGCUGGCCCACCGACUUUUUGCUCAAAGCCAGCAGACUGCUGCCGGAAAUUACAGACGAGGACUCUAAGGAAACUCACCGUUUUCCAGCUGUUCAAGUCGCUAAAGCCGACGAGCUGGUUCCUAGCAGAAUCUCUCGUCAUGAGCCUCUUCGGCCUCCUAUCUGGACUCGAAUUUAUUUGCCCAGAGAUGGCAUCAAAACCGUUCCUGAGCCUAACACUAUUUUUGCUCAGCUUUUGCGUGAUGUUGCGAGUGCGAAUAUCAACCAAAUGGACUUCAACCGAAAGGAGGUUACAAGACAAUUGAUCACGCUCGAUAUUUUCUUUGAAUCGACCAAAUUUGCCCCUCCUGGUGUUGCAUUCGACGAGCUUGUGAAUUUCACGGAUGGCCGCAGCACCAUCAAGGUUGAGGACGUUGCUUUAGAAGCUGUUCUGGACCAAAUGUUCAGACUGCCCUCGCCUGGUUUCCCCACGGUAUAUUUUGAUACGAUCCUGAUUGAGGCCUGUGUUAUGGCACCACAGGCCAUUGCCCCCGUUUUAGGGCGGGCUCUGCGGUUCCUUUUCGACAACUGCGAGAGUUUGGACGCUGAGGUGUAUUUCCGAGUCAUUGAGUGGUUUGGCCACCACAUGAGCAACUUUGGGUUCACAUGGAAAUGGACCGAAUGGACCGAUGCUCUCAGUUUACCCAAGUUACACCCUAAGCAAGUGUUUAUGCGGGAGCUUAUUUGCAAGCAGGUUCGUUUGAGUUAUCCUCAGCGGGUUCGAGACGUUCUACCGAGCGAGUUUGUGGGAUUAGUACCUGAAAUCUCUGAAGUUCCUGAAUUUUCAUAUGCCAAUGAUGAGAAAGUCAGUGCAUUUAUCAAGGCAGCUCAGGAGUCUGUGGAAAGAGGUCUGGAAGCGUUUGACAAGCUGAGAGAAGCCAUCACGGCAGAAAAGAUCGGUCAGGAAGCGUCCGAAUUAGACAAGGCUAUUUCUAGUGUUCUUGUGAGCUCUAUUUGCCAACUGGGGUCCCGAUCGGUUUCCCAUGCAUCUACUUGGGUCAAGCAACUGUCCUCUCUGGUUCGGGAUAACAUUUCUGACCAGCAGCUCACUAUUGAUGCUAUUAUGAGUUUCUGGAAAGAGCAGCCUUGGACAGGUGCCUUGGUGCUUAACAGGUUCGUUAUCGAGGGCCUCGUGUCGUCCGAGUCUAUUGUCAAGUACGUCACCAGUCACAAAGACCUUCUUAUUUCAAAUUUAGGCUGGGAAAUGCUUGGUCGUUAUGAAGAAGGCCUUGAGGAAGCUGUUCAGGAUAUUUCGGUUGACCCGUGGUGGGACGAGCGUCUGAAGAAGGCCCUGCUGCGUCGCAAAGCAGCCAAGGCCCAGGUCGCCCAGCUGGUGGCUGCAGAAGCCGCUGAAAGCUCGGCGCCGGCUCAGCCGGAGCAGAAGCUAGUUGCGGCCCCGCCCUCUGAGCAGGAAGCAACCACGGAAGUCAACGAACUGAACGCACAGCCGUCUGAAGAAAACGGUGCGGAAAACUAA